AUGCGUCUCAUUGGGAUUGAAAUACUGGGAAUUUGCUCCUUCUCCGCUCUUGACGCACAACAAUCCCGAAUCUUCACACCUACUAUGACACCACCAACCAGUCAAGACCUGAGGCGUCGCCUCGAGGCGCUCCCACAGGAGCUGUACGAUCAGAUCUACGACUUCACUUUCACCUGCGGCACGGUCCACGUCAUCACCAAGUCCUGGAGACCAUCUCACCUUCUUUACGUCGAUCGCUCGAGUCGGAACACUUUCGCCAAUGCGUACUUCAGCUCUAGCUCGAUCUUCCUGCUCGACGACCCACAGCCACACCUCCAUAUCAAGCGGAGACUAUAG